AUGCCAGCCAUCAGUCGGCCGGCCAUCUGUCUUGCGCUUACACUUGCGCUCCUCGCCGUCCUCGUAUACAGGUCGUCCGAGCUCCCCGCUUCCCUACUCUCCGCUACCACUCCACUCGGUCGUGCCGCCACCAACAUGACCAUUGACGUGCCAGUCUUCGCUCCUUGCCCCCCGCUCCCAAAGCCCAAGGGUGAGGUCACGCUCAAGCUCCCGCCUACCGAGGACCGUCCCCACCGCUUUAUUGUUCUUCCUAAUGGCCUGGAGGUGAUCCUCGUCUCGGACCCGGACGCCGACAAGGCGGCGGCCAGUAUGGAGGUUGGCGUGGGGCACCUCUCAGAUCCCGACGACCUGCCUGGUUGCGCUCAUUUCUGCGAGCAUUUGAUGUUUAUGGGCACCAAGAAGUACCCUUCCGAGAACGAGUACUCGUCGUACCUCUCCAACCACAAUGGUGGCUCCAACGCGUGGACUGCCAUGUCGUCGACCAACUACUUCUUUGACGUCGCUCCCGAUGCGCUCGAGGGUGCUCUCGACCGCUUCGCCGGCUUCUUCAUCGAGCCACUGUUCUCAGACGAUUGCACCGAGCGCGAGAUCAAGGCCGUAAACUCGGAGCACAAGAAGAACAUUCAGAACGACAUUUGGCGUUUCUUUCAGCUCGAGAAGAGUUUCUCCACGCCGGGUCACGUUUAUGGAAAGUUUGGCACUGGAAACCUCGAGACUCUGUGGGACCAGCCCAAGGCCGCCGGUCGCGACCCCCGUGACCAGCUCAUCAAGUGGUGGGAGCACCACUACUGCGCUCGCCGCAUGAAGCUUGCCGUCGCCGGCCGUGACGACCUUGACACCCUUGAGCGCAUGGUUCGCGAGAAGUUUGACCGUGUCCCCGUUCGCACCGAGGGCCGCCCACCUACUGGCCCCGACGGUGUGCGCGUGACCUUUGACGACUACGCCUACGGACCGGACAUGCGUGGCGUGGUGACCUUUGUCCAGCCUGUCCGCGACGCGCGUGCGCUCGAGCUGUCCAUCCCCGUGCCCGACCUUCACCACUUCCCGGAGCUCAAGCCGUACCAUUACAUUUCUCACUUUGUUGGUCACGAGGGCAAGGGUUCGCUUCUGUCCUACUUUAAGCAGCAGGGCUGGGCCAACUCGCUCCGUGCGGGCCCCUCGCACUCUGCCAACGGCUUUGGGUUCCUGAAGAUUACCUGCGAGCUCACCGAGUCGGGCCUGGAACAUUGGAAGGAUGUCGCUCGCACGAUCGGCAAGUACCUCGAGCUGCUUCGCAACACGCCCCCUUCCAAGGUUGCGUUUGACGAGAUGCGUCAGCUUUCCGACAUUUCAUUCCGCUUCGCUGAGCGUAGCAAGGUCCGCAGCUAUGUUACCACUCUCUCGGGCGCCAUGCAGCACCCUUACGAGCGUGAAGACAUCUUGACCUCGGCGUACCUCUUAGGCGACUUUGACGAGGCCCUCAUGGCCAAGUCUCUCCAGCUUCUUGACCCUUCGCGUGGCUCAAUUGGUGUGACCUGCAAGGAGCUCCCCAAGGACGUCACUGCUUCGUUUGACAAGAAGGAGGCCAUCUACGGCACCCACUACCACCAGGAGAAGCUGCCCGAGGAGUUCCUUAAGGACAUGUACUCUGGCCCCGCCAUCCCCGAGAUCUUCCUCCCGGGCCCCAACCCCUUCGUCCCCCAGCGCCUCGACGUUGACAAGUUUGCGGUUGACAAGCCCGCUGAGCGUCCCGAGCUCCUCGUCGACAACGAGAUCUCGCGUCUGUGGUACAAGCGCGACGACCGCUUCUGGCUCCCCAAGACCAACGUCUACAUUGAGGUCCAGUCGCCACUCCUGGAGGCAACUCCCCGCACUGCCGUUCUCGGCCGCCUCAUGUGCGAGCUGUUCUACGACUCUGUCACCGAGGACAUUUACGACGCCGAGCUCGCAGAGCUCAACUUUGCCCUGUGGUACGGCGGCAACUCGUUCAACCUGGCCGUUACUGGCUUUUCGGACAAGCAGUCGGUUCUCCUCGAGGCCAUGCUCAAGAAGCUCAUCGAGUUUGAGGUCGACCCGGAGCGCUUUGACAAGAUUGUAGACCGUGUGCGUCUCCGCUGGAAGAACUUUGAGCUGUCCGAGCCCUACCACGUUAUCGGCUUCUGGCAAUCGUACGUCACCACUCAGGUGAUCUGGACCCAGAAGGAGAGGCUCGCCGAGAUUGACCACAUUACGCCCGCCGACGUCCAGGCCUACUGCCGCGAGCUUUUCCAGCGCCUCUACAUUGAGACGCUUGUCCACGGUAACACCUCGGCCGAGGGUGCCAAGGCCAUCCAGCAGACGGUCCAGCGCAUGCUCAACCCCCGCGCGCUUGCCCCUGCCGAGAAGAUUCCCCCUCGUGUUCUCAUUCUUCCUGAGAGCUCGCAGAACGUGUGGGAGAUCCCCGUUGCCAACCCGUCCGAGGUCAACAGCUGCGUUACCUACUACACCCAGACCUGUGACUCUACCGACGUCGUCGCCCGCGCCCGCAACUCGAUGCUUGGCCAGAUUGCCUCGGAGCCCGCGUUCAACGUGCUCCGCACCAAGGAGCAGCUUGGCUACGUGACCUCGGCCGCGGCCACGCCGACGGGUAUGCGCGUGCUCGUCCAGUCUGAGCGUGACCCCGUCUACGUUGAGUCGCGUAUCGAGUCGUUCCUCGUGACCCUCAAGGCGACCAUUGAGGAGAUGACCGACGAGGCGUUUGAGCGUCACCGCCAAACCCAGAUUGAGAAGCGCGAGGAGAAGCCCAAGAACCUCGGCGAGGAGUCGCGGAGGUACUGGGGCCGUAUUUCGGACAAGUACUAUGCGUUCGGCCAGCGCGAAAGGGAGAUUGAGGAGCUGCGCAAGGUCACCAAGACCGAGGUCCUCGACUUCUUCAUGAAGUACGUCCACCCCGAGUCACCGACACGCAAGAAGUUCUCGGUCCACAUGCGCUCGCAGUACAAGGGAACCAAGUUCAACCCGGCCUCGGCACAGCUCCUCAUCGGGGCAUUCACCAAGAAUGCCAUCGCCGUCGACGUGCCCGCCCUCCAGACCCUGAUGGCAUCCAACCCGGACCUCUCGGCCGUCAAGGAGUUUGCCCACGCGGCGAUCACCAAGGCGAGCCCCGCUGCCGACGUGGCCAGCGAGCUCACUGCCUUGGUCGACGGUCUCGAGCCCCUUGCCGAGGUGUCGGACGCCAAGCUCCGCGACGGCAACGUCUAUGUCCAGGACAUUAACGCGUUCAAGGCCGGUCUCACGCCCAACAAGGCGCCGUACCCCGUCGAGACCUUUGCUCUGUCCAAGCUUUGA